CAUAGUGAUUUUUACAGAUGUAUUGUCAAUCAAAAUGAACUCGUCAAUGAAUCUAGAGAUGGUAGUGUCUCGGUGCUAAGCAUGGCGCGACUGCCGUGGCUCUUUUAUGCGAGCCAGUUCAAAAUUUCAUCAAGAAACUCUCAUACAAUACUAUUAGUACAACCUGGUGUCAGGCCUGAAACAAGAACAUAUUCUGAUUACGAAAGCAUUAAUGAAUGUUUGGAAGGAGUUUGUAAAAUUUAUGAAGAACAUCUAAAGAGACGAAAUCCAAACACUCCAACUAUUACUUACGACAUUAGUCAGUUAUUUGAUUUCGUUGAUCAAUUAACGGAUUUAUCCUGUCUUGUGUAUCAAAAAUCGACAAAUACUUAUGCUCCUUAUAAUAAGGAUUGGAUUAAAGAAAAGAUAUAUGUUUUAUUGCGUAGAGUUGCGGGACAUGGAGAGUAAUCAAUACAU